AUGAUGCAUAACAAUGAUAGCAUAUUUAGGUCUUAUGAUAUAUUUAAUAUCAUCGAUAGAUGCUCACAGCGAAAUAGCGAAAGUAACGAAGACGAGUGCAAAAUAGCCGACCUAUGUGUGCACGACAAGGUGCCAAUGUGUGCGAUCGACUCUUGUGGCGAAAUGAGAACUUUUAUAGACAUUUGUGACAUGCAUGAGUUCAACUGUGACAGCAAGAAAGAUUUCAAACAGAGACCGAUACACGAGUGCUGGGUGACCUGUAAGCGAGGUCGUUCCUUCAAGAGGGCAGAAUUCAAUGACUGCAGCAAAAACACCAAAACUAGGACUGUAAAUCUAGCUCAGACGUAG